AUGAGUCAUUUGUUUCACGCAUUGUUUUUUUCGGACGAAGCCACAUUUCAUCUAAGUGGAAAAGUGAACCGCCAUAAUGUUAGGAUUUGGGCUUUAGAGCAACCACACGCAACUGUUGAGCAUCAAAGAGAUUCACCAAAAAUCAAUGUUUUCUGUGCAAUUUCCAGGAAAAAAGUUUACGGUCCAUUUUUUUUUGAAGAAAACACAGUAACGGGUAACACAUGUCUAAACAUGUUGCAAACAUGGUUGUUUCCACAGUUACAAGCGGAUAGUGAUGAUUUUGUUUUUCAACAAGAUGGAGCACCGCCGCACUGGAAGUUAGAAGUUCGCCGGUAUUUGAACGGUGAACUCCCUCAGCGGUGGAUUGGGCGUAAAGGAAACGACGAUUUGGCGAUUCAUCCCUGGCCACCACGUUCCCCUGACCUCACAGUGUGUGAUUUUUUUUUAUGGGGCUACAUAAAAGAUAAUGUGUAUGUACCACCAUUACCUACAAACUUGGAAGAGCUUAAAAUCAGAAUCAAAGAUGCUGUUAAUGCCGUGACACCAGAUUUGAUCAGCAACGUUUGGGUAGAAUUUGAUUACCGUAUAGAUGUGUGUCGGGCGGCCGGUGGGGGUCAUAUUGAACAUUUGUAA